AUGCCCGAACUAGAUAAGGAGCAACCUUGUCCAGCCAAUAAGGGGUGUGUGCUUUGGGGCAGUCGGGUGGUGGUUCCCCCCCCCUUGCGCAAGCAGGUGCUGGAAGACCUCCACGAGACCCACCCGGGCAUCGUGAGGAUGAAAGCCCUGGCCCGUAGUUAUGUGUGGUGGCCGGGCAUGGAUGAGGAGAUAGAGGGGUGGGUGAGGAGGUGCCAACCCUGCCAAGAAUCCCGGCCCGAUCCCCCAUCAGCCCCGGUCCACAGAUGGGAGUCUAACAGGCGACCAUGGUCCCGCCUCCACUUAGAUUUUGCAGGCCCGUAUCAGGGCCAAAUCUUUUUUAUACUUGUGGAUGCCUACACAAAAUGGCUGGAGGUGAUUCCAGUAGCCUCAACCUCCACAGCAGCAGCCGUCCGGGCACUCAGGAGGGUCCUAUGCACGCACGGGAUCCCAGACACCCUGGUGACGGAUAACGGUACUGCAUUCACCUCCCGGGAAUUCCGGGAGUUCACGGAGAGGUCAGCCUUCCUGUUCCACAACAGGAUCACCCCAAACCCUAUAACGGGAUCCAGCCCCGCAGAACUGCUUAUGGGGAGGAAACUGACAACACGCCUAGACAGGCUGCACCCCGACCGGGCCCCCGAGGUCCGCGGGUCCCCAGAGGUCCGGGAGGCGGUGCGGGGGUUCUUUCCGGGUGACCCGGUAUACGCGAAGAACUUCGCAAGCGGUCCCGAGUGGGUCGCGGGGAGAGUCCUUAGGGUGACAGGUUCCAGGUCAUACGAGGUGACCACCGAGGGGGGCCAGGUACUAAGGCGGCACAUAGAUCAGCUGCGCCGGGAGAGGGGAAACGGCGCCAAUUUUGGUGCGCCGCCACAGCAGCAACACCAGCGCCGCCGCCGAGGCACAGGCACAACUGCCACCCGCCGCCGCAACACCAGCGCCGACCAGCGCCACCAGCCCAGGUGCAGGCGCAGCUGCUGCCCGCCGCCGCAACACCAGCGCUGCCGGCGCAGGCGCAGCUACCGCCUGCCGCUGCCGCCGCAGCAACACAAGCGGCGCCCGCGCAGGCGCAGCUGCCGCCCGCCACCGCAGCAACACCAGCGCCGGCAGUUUACAGAUAGAUAG